AUGAUGGACGAUGCCACUUGCCAUGUCGUCUACGUGAACCGCCAGGUUCGCCAGGACAGGCUUAUCCGACCUAAUGCGCACGAUGAUCAGCCAAUAGACGCAACCGAAGCCGACGUGCGGGAGAAUGUCGAUGUUCAGAAAGACGCAGACUUGUUACUGGAAACCUUUGGAGAGGUCUAUCUUUGUUCCACCGGCUCGGCCUGUAUUUCUACGCUCUUCCAGCUUUCGGACGAGUCCAUGAUGGACCUCACACCAACUCUGGUUCUCAUUGAUGUUCCCCACGACGAACGGCUACCCAGGAUCCGGUCCCGAUCUAGAUCGGCGUCGCCGCAUUCUCGCCCGACUACUGCCGACAUCAACAUUCAUACACCUGAGGAGGACAUCUACGGCCUCAAAUUGCUGCAAAGGAUCAUGACUGAGUCACAUCUCCGUAGCUUAUCGAAGCUGAUCGUACCGAUACCCAUCGUGAGCUUCUCAUCUCACGAGGAUGGUAGCGUAACAGAUCCAACUAGCGAUGAUGCGAAACCCAAGUCUUCAGCGUCAGUUGAUCGACGCCUAAUCAUUCGCUGUCUGGACCUGGGAGCCGUCGACGUCAUCAUCAGUCCUUUACAUCUCAAGUCCAUCACGAGUCUAGAAAUCCAUGCUUAUCGGGCACACAAGGAUGCGGCCCGAGAACAGCAGGAAAUGCUUGAAGUACGUCGCGGCAGAAAGCGGUCGUGGGUCGGCGUGAAUGAGGAGAAACCGUUUUCCUAUCUCAGGGAAGCCAUGGUAUCCGGACUCAUGAGGGGUAUUUGCCGGUCGGGCGCGGACUCAGAUGAUGAUCGGAUCUCCAAUGUCAGCAUUGCCGUCUCCACCGAUCGCCAAGCUGCGGUCGCUGCUGCCGUUGGUCAGUGGCAUUUCUGCGCGCACAGUUUCACGGAUGACGAGCUUCUCGUUGCGGCCAUGGUAAUGUUCAAGCAUGCUUUGUCAAUGCCCGAGUUGGAUCGCUGGCGGAUACCGACAGACCAGCUCAUAAGCUUCUUGGUCGCGUGUCGGGCUGCAUACAACAAUUUUGUUCCCUAUCACAACUUCCGUCAUGUCGUCGAUGUUCUACAGGCUACUUUCCACUUUCUGGUUCGUGUUGGUAUUCUCGCACCAUAUCCCGCCGAUCCACUGGCGGGUCAAAGCCCGCCGCAGAGUUCCCCAAUGGCAAGCCUGCUCCAUCCGUUCGACGGCUUGACGCUUUUGAUCACGGCAAUAGGGCAUGACGUCGGCCACCCUGGUGUCAACAACGGAUUUUUGGUCACCCUCAAUGCCCCUUUGGCUCAAUUGUACAAUGACAGAUCAGUACUCGAAUCAUUCCAUUGCGCCGCCUAUUCUCAGAUUCUUCGAAGGUACUGGCCAAGUGUUUUUGAAGACACCAAGAUGAGGCACCUCAUGAUCAGCUCCAUCCUUGCCACGGAUAUGGGGCUGCACUUCGAUUACAUGAAGAGGCUCGGAGAUACCCAGGACAAGCUGGAUGUUGACAAUACAACUGAUGGUUGGAAUGGUCGCAUGCAGGAGGAGCAAAAGGCUCUGGUAUGCUCACUGCUCAUCAAAUGUGCAGAUAUCAGUAACGUGGCGAGGAAACACGAAACCGCAUUGAAGUGGAUGUACAUUCUGUCGGAUGAGUUCUCUCGACAGGCCUCCAUGGAGAGCGAACUGGAAAUCACGUCAUCUCUCCUGUCACCUCCGAAGAAGGACUUGAUCUCACUGUCUAAGGCUCAGCUGAGCUUCAUGAACCUAUUCGCCAUCCCUCUCUUCCAGGGAGUAGCGGACAUAUUGCCAGCGAUGAAGUACACUGUUGACGAGCUCGAAAUCAAUAAAGGUCUUUUCGAGCAACGCAUUCGGGAAGAGCAGGCGAAGGAGGAUCCCAUCCGCAAAAGACUUCUCCGCAACGAUGGCGCCUUUUCCCCACGAACUAUGAGUUUGGCGGGCGGGCAAGAAGGAAGCAGAGACUCCAUGACCCCCCGGGUGACCACACCUCUGGCAGAGCUUCCCAUGCCGCCUCCGAUGUUGGACGAGUCAAAGCAAGAAGAUGACGGGCUUUCCCCCGAGCCGACGGGUUCGGAGCGUACAACAGCUCAUAUCACUGACAUCCCGGAGCCGGAGGAUCCUAAGGAGGUGAACGGCAUCGUAACGUCAUUUGAUUCGGUGGCCGACUUUGCAGCAAGCGAUCCCUUUCACUGCAGGGAUAGGGCUAGUAGCUCGCCGGAUAAUCAUCACGGUCAUAACGGCAAACAGCGGUGUAGCGAAACGACAGACGGCAGCACCACUGGCCCGUACACCGGGGACUGGGCUUCGCAGGCAACAAGUGCCACCACCGGCAAGAUGCCUCUAUCGCCAAGCACUCAAGGCACUAGCAUUGUCAGCAGAGAGUCGACGGAGCAGCUUCCGGGUGUGCCUACGAUUUCGGAGCCAAAGCCAUUCGUUGAAGCCAAACCCGAGUCUACUUAUCUCGAUCACGACGUCAACGGCUCUCACAUGUCAAACGGGUCUUUUGGCAAAACAGAAGGUGGCAAGGUGGUGAAGAAGAAAUCUAGUAGAUUCCGCAUGAAUGCCUUCCAAUUCUUUAGGCGGAACAGAGCGUCGAGCCCGUCCAUGUCGGUGGCCGACACAGCGACCUGA